AUGCAAGAACGAAGGAACACGGACGACGAAUUCCGCGUGCGCGCAGACCUCGACAGAGGAGAGCAUAGCAGCGAAGAACCUUCUCUAGCUCGCGAGACAGGUUCUUUCAUAGACAUCGAGACUCUUGUAGCUCUCCGUGGCAAGCUCCAAGAAGCCGCGCUCACGAUUGAGACCCGAACUCAAGCAAUCGAUUCCCUGGAAGAGCGAAUACGUUCAUCAUCAGCGACGAUCGAGCUUCAGAAGUCAGCUCUGCUCGAGGCCGAAGAGGCCAAAGCGACUGCUGAGGCAGCGAAAGUAAGGGCCGAGGAGGAGCUAUCUGGCACACAACAACGGCUCGCUUCGACGCGAGCUGAGCUUAACGAGACGCUGAACGGGUUCGCGGCCGUGCAAAGAGAGUUGGAGAAUGCAACAGCUCUGACAGAGUCUAAGGUGGCCGAAGUAGAUGCAGAACGUCGAUCUCGGGCUGCGAUCGAAAAGGAGCUAUAUGACGCCCACAAGCAGAAGCGAGAGCUGGAGACUGCACAUCUGCAGAUAGACGGACCGCGCAACACGCGAGAAGAUCGAGGGGCAAUAUAUGAAACUCAAGAGAUCGCAGAGAGGAUCGCUGAAGCUGACGCUGCGCGCGAUCUCCAGGCCGGGCUAGAGCGAGAGCUAUGUGCGUCGCAGCAAGAGGAACAACAGCUCAAAUCUAUUCUCGCGAGCGUUCGAGCAGAACUGGAAGCACAGAUUUGCGAGACAGAUGCAGCGAGUGCUGCUCUCGCAAGCUCGGCCAACCAAGAUUUGCAGGACACGCUAGCACAGACAGCGGCCGAGCUUGAUACCAAAACAUCCAAGCUAGAAGCAGAGCGCAUCGCGCACAACAAGCUCGAGGAGAUGCUCAGCACGGUGCAGGAGGAACGGCGAGAGACGGCGGCGACGCUGACGCGCAUCACUGGAGAAUUGCAGGCACACCUCGUCGGACUUAAAGAGGGACGCAGAGCGCGUGCCGCGAUCGAGGACCAGCUGCGUGCCUGCACCUCGGACCUCGAAAAUACCAUUCUCCAGCUCCGGAGGAACAACGAUCAGCACUGUCAAUGA